AUGUUCACCAAUAAACUCGCCAAAAAUAACCGUAUGCAUCCUUACGCACACGCGCUUCGUAGACACAAAGAACAUAUUAAUGAAGUAGCCCUUGCAAAUACGCUCCCUCCCCCUCAAAAUACGGAGGUCGGUCGCGGCCACAACGAAGAAAAAAUUGACCGCCCUCUGGAUCAGGCUCUCAUUAUGUUUCUAGUUGUUUCUGCGGUUGUGCGCAUACUCAACUACUAUGUUCUGAAUAAAAUCAUUUCGUCUCUUGAGGUUUAG